AUGAUUUUACCUCAGCAUGAAAUGCAUUGGAAAAUUGCACAUUGCCCAAUACGUCGUAUAAAAGAAAAUGAAUAUCGUAUAUCCAUUGAAUUAAAGGAUAAAAAGCGACAGUAUUCAUGCAUUUCAUUCGAAGAUUUAUUCAAAUUGAUACAGAGAAUACAAGCUGAGAAACGAACAUUUUAUGAACAUAUUAGUCGUGGCGAUGCAGUAAAAUUUUAUCUCGACUUCGAAUAUUAUCGCAUUGCUGAAAACUCAAUAGUAGACAAUCAAAAGUCUUUAUUGACAAUUCGAAAGUUAUUCGUGACUAUGAUUAGAUUACUUAUUCAGAUUGACAGCAUAUCAGAAGAGGAUAUGAUCAUCUUAGAAUCAUCAUCAUGUGAAAAACAUAGUUAUCAUAUGAUCUUUGAUAAUGAACAUGUUCGAUUUAUUGAUACCGAUUCAUUACAUCUUUUCAUUCGACAAAUCCUUCGAUAUAUUUUAUUGAAUACCCUGAAACAUAAAUGUGUAGAUAAUCGAAAUUAUCUAGUAAACAAUAUCAAUGAUGAUCUUAUCUUAGCAGAAUUGAUGGAGAUGUUUGAACGUAUUCGAUUAGAAUGUUUUUCUUGUACAAAAUGCAAGGUAGGGCAGAUUGAAAUUUCCGUAAGCGAUGUUUGCAAUUUAUUCGCAUACAAUCAAAAUCAUUACCUUGUUCCCUGUAUCGAUUUGAAUGUUUAUUCUGCUGAACAAGAUUUUCGGAUGUUUAUGUGUACAAAGAUGGGAGAAGUCCGACCAUUAUUGAAGUAUAAUUGCCGAGAAAAAAAUGAUCAAUAUAGAU